GAAGCUUUAUGGAGAUUUGGAACAUUAGGUCUUAAUUUCUGACAUGUGUUUAAGCAUUUGUAAAUAAGACUAAAAAGAUCCAUGAUUUUGGUUUUGGGUAAGCUUGUAUGAAAAGAAAAUGCUUUGGUGAUGUGGAACUAAGGAUAUUGGUUAUCGGGAGCAGUGGUCCAUCUCAGUUCCUCCUCACCAACUUUAUUUUGGGAAGGGAGGUGUUCUCCGAGGAAGUCUAUAGUAUUACAAGCAGCCAGAAAAAUAUGGGAGAGUUAGUAGGAAGACGGGUCACAGUGGUCAACGGACCGAACCUGUAUGACAAACACCUGUCCAAGUCCAAGAUGAGAAAAGAGCUGAGAAGAUCAAUGUGCUUGUCGACUCCUGGACCUCACGCCAUACUCAUCGCAUUCGACCUUGAGAGGAUCUCACCCAACGAUAUGAAGACUCCCAAGCUGGUUAAAGAUCAAUUUGGAGAGAACGUCUUGAAUUACACAAUGAUCCUCUUGGUUUACGACGGGCAUCUGAGAGGCAGAGCGCUCAAUGAUAAGGUCAUGAGAACCGACUGGCAUCUGAGGGAGCUCGUAGAGCAGUGCAACUGCUGCUAUCAUGUCUUCAGUAAGAACUGGAGGAACCGCAGCGGGAACCGAGAGCUCCUACAUAAGAUCGAGCGGAUGCUGCAGACUAUGGGCGGGCACCAUUAUAUUAACAGAUCUUACAAGAGAGCAGAGGAGAGCGUCAGAAACGAGGAAAGAAAGCUACGCAAGAAGAGACAAUCUGAGACCCAGAGGAUGUGCCGGGAAAUGGAGGCGCAGUUUCGGGGGGAUGAGCUGCGCUGGCAGAUGGACUCCUACAAUGCAAGGGUUGGGGCAGAAAUCAGGGCAGAGGCCGAGCUGCAGAAUAGUUGGCUUAGGACAUCACUGGCUGUGGGACUGGGACUGGGGUUUGUGGUUGGAGCCACCAUGGGAAUGAUCGUGGGCUCUGUUGAAGGGCCGGCAGGGAUGGCAGUGGGAGGGGCUUUGGGCGGUGUUGUGGGUGGGGCUUCGGGUGCUGCUGCACAGCUGGCCAUUGAACACUUGGAUGACAGAGUGGGAUCACAUCCAGCCAAUUUUAAUACAGCUUUUAUUAACCGCUUCUAUCGGGCACCUCCAGUCUGAAUGCAGAGAAGAUUUGGGUGGGGAUUUUUUUGUCUUUAAAGCUGACCAGGUUUGCCAGGUCUGCGUAACAAUAUUAGCUCAACUGGUUCUUAAAACUAUCACAGCCAAAACCAAUCACGCUCUGAGGAAAUGGCUAUACAGUAGGCAGAAAACAGUAUGUGAGAUGGGUAGUAUAUCUGAACCCAUAGUACAUUCAUAAAGCAACACGCAAAAAGUACUGGAAGUCCUACUUCUACAAGUGCACAUCUGAUUCGACACUUUUUUCUCUAUAGGGAAAUUGAUUUUGAUAAACCUUUUAAAACAGACCUGUUGUGAGCACAGAGGUUAUUACUCAAUGGUAUAUGCUUUUGUUGAAGCCGCCAGCCUUCAUUAUUUCAACUUAUUUUUUAAAUAAUUGUGUUUAAGAGUGGAAAAACUACAUUACCCAUUUUCUGCUGAGAAUCAACCAAUCAAAAUCUUUUUUUCUUUUUUUUUUCAGCAUCAUUUUUAAUUUGAUUAUGUCAUUUACAGUGCUUCAUGGGAUUGCAGUUCUUUACCUCACUAAUAUACCUUUGGCUGGUUGGGUUGACUGAUUGCCUUAACACUUACACAAAAUACUUUUUUAAAAAUCCCUAUGGCAUAAAUAAGUCGCAAAAUACACAAAGAACUAUUACAUGCAUCCAGACAACAAAUAGGGUGCAUUUUCAUUUCAUGCAGAUUUUAAGUUGGAAUGAAAAGUGUUUAUAUAUUGAUAUUGAUAUUUCUUAUGAGCAUUUGCAUUAAUCAGUGAAAUAAAUAUAUUUUGGAUCUGUAUUAAUCUCUAGAUGUAGUUUUUAGAGUGCAUUACAAAUUACUCUGCAGAGAAUUCCAUAAAAGAGAAAAAGAACUUCUCACACACACAAAAAUAAAUAAAUAAAAAACUUUUUUUAUAGUAUUUCGACACACCCCUGGACACACAGUAACUUUUAUGACGGUAUAUAACUAACUACUUUAGAGGUUAUUUAACUUGUGUUACAUCAGGUAUGGUUUAUAUGGGGUCCAAAAGUCUCAGACCACAAGACACCAUUUUGAAUUUUUCUAAUGUUAUACAUGUUAUAACAGUUUACUGAAAAGUUUGCUAAAUUGUAUUGAAUUCUACAUUCUAGAAUAUUCUUAUGUGGUUUGUCCUAUAUUUUUGCUUUGAUUUUUUCUGAACAUGUUAUCAAGCACCUUUCUGUUUUAAAUAAAAAUGUAUCUUGGAUUUCUAGCUGCCAUGUUCCAGUGUUUUUUAAGUGUGACAGUAGCAGAUAUAUAUGGCAGUAUUUUGAGUUAAUAUUUUGAACCACAUUAGGGCUGUGCACAGACAUUUUGAGGGGCAGUUUAUUCCAAACCAAGAAAAAGGGCACCAAACCGCCACCC